AUGGAUGAUGUUUUCGAUUCUUCACCUGAGGAUAACAAAGCCGAUUUGGUUCUCGGCUCCAGGGACUGGUUGCAACGCAAACAAGUCAUUCAAUUGUCCGCGGAGCGUGAUGCUAUAUUCGCCGCUCGUGAACAACGAUUACAGCUACAGUUUGAGUGCGGGGUUCAUGAAGGAUUCAGAAUGGCAAGCAAAAUUGCAACCCUCCGGGGUCGUUUGAUGGUGCGCGCCAAAUUUUCACUUCAGGAACACAAGGAGGCCAUUGAAGCGGUUAUCACAGAGAUCGAUGAAGUACAAGACAAGCUCAUAGCGUCGUUUUCUGAAAAUGGUUAUACAACUGACCCUGUCGUCUCCGAGUGCAUCCGCAAAGCCGAGCUCCUUCUAGGCUCAUGUACAAAAUAUCCUAAUUAUUCUUCAGAUUAA